AGGUGAGUUAACACGAAGGUGAUUUUACAUGAGGGAGCAACUGUUUGGGAGCAAAACACCGCCGUGACUGUAGCUGGGAAGCAAAAAAUAGGCUUUUGUUUUCUAGCUAAAGGAGCUUGUUCUUCUUCCAGACAAUACAGGAGAACUUCAUAGGACUGGAGCCUAUCUCAAUAUAAGAGGUGAAGCAUCAUGGGGAAACACAACAGCAAACUGGCUCCAGAGGUCUUGGAUGAUCUGACCAAGAACACCGAAUUCAACGAGGCAGAGCUCAAGCAGUGGUACAAAGGCUUCCUCAAAGACUGUCCCUCUGGCAUUCUCAACCUGGAGGAGUUUCAGCAGCUCUAUGUCAAGUUUUUCCCAUAUGGUGAUGCCUCCAAGUUCGCUCAGCACGCUUUUCGGACGUUCGAUAAGAAUGGUGACGGGACCAUCGACUUCAGGGAGUUCAUCUGCGCCCUGUCCAUCACCUCCAGGGGCAGUUUCGAGCAGAAACUCAACUGGGCUUUCAACAUGUAUGAUCUGGAUGGAGACGGAAAGAUCACACGUAUGGAGAUGCUGGAGAUCAUCGAGGCCAUCUACAAGAUGGUCGGCACAGUGAUCAUGAUGCGUAUGAACGAGGACGGGCUGACCCCUCAGCAGCGCGUGGACAAGAUCUUCUCCAAGAUGGACAAGGAUAACAACGAUGAGAUCACCUUGGAAGAGUUUAAAGAAGCCGCCAAGUCUGACCCCUCCAUCGUCCUACUGCUGCAGUGUGACAUGCAGAAGUAGAGAGGGAUGGGUGGAGAAGCAGAGGGAGGGAGGAGGGAGGGACAGGGUAAGUCUGAACUGAAAUUACAGAAGGAAGGAGGCUGAGUGAGGUGGAAGUAGAGAGGGAGGGAUGCUGCAAGAGGGAGGAGGAGGAGGAGGAGGAGGAGGAGAGAGGCAGGGAAGCUUUUUCUUCCUUUUUUUCUGAGACAGAGAUGCCUGGAAAUGAGCCAUGUUUGGGACACGGUGGGUCCCUGAUUGAUGCCAUUCUUUUUUCUCCUGCAGCACUGCUGCCUCGCUCUAGAUGGGUGUCUUUAUAUAUUCAGUGUGAUGAUCUGUGAAAAACGGAAAUCCCUCCAGCUCUGUUUGGCACACACCAAAGAAACGUGGUAGGAAUUUAGAGAGGAAAUAUGUAGUGUAAGUGUCACUCAUGCUUUCGCACUGUCAAGAUCAGUGCCUGGCAUGUGACAUUACAAGGCUGCAGGGUGAGUUAAGUGCAAAGAUCAGCUAUCUUUUUUCAAACACAAGUUUUCCUUUGUAUAGUAGUGCAUUGCUUGCUCAGCCUUUCUAAGAUAUUAAUGAUACAUGAUGUAAUUGCAUUUAAGAAUAAAAUGAAAAGGUUGAUACCACUCUGAUAUUAUGCUACAGUCAGGACACAGCUUAGCUUAGCAUAGAGACUGACAACGGAGAGAGACAGCGAACCUGGCUCUCGUCAAGUAACAACACCAUAAGGUUGCCAGGCCUAAGACUUAUAGAAGUCAGUGGUUCCAACCAGGAAAUAGUCAUUCACAUAACUGCUGGUAAAGCCACAACUUCUUGCUUUUACUUAUUUUUUUAACCUUUGGAUUGAGUGAGGGUAGCUGUUUCCCCCUGCUACCAGUCUUUUUGCGAAGCUAAGCUAACCAUUGAACAGCUCCACAUUCAUAGCUACCAAACGGCCAUGAGGGGGGUGAUAAACAAACAUGUUUCCCAAAAUACCAGAUGAUUACUAAUGCUGUCUUACUGGCCACCAGUGUAAAUUCUGGCAUAGAAAAAUCUCAUUUCUACGUGCACCCAGUGUUUGGAUGCUGUGCACCGUAGGAUAGCAGAAUGAAGAUGGAAUGGCAUUACACCAACUAAGGACCUGUUGUUUGGACCAUAUGGUCUGUCUGGAGCAGCAAGUAAGAAUCAAAUGUCAUGCUGCUAGAGAGAAAAUUCUGUAAAUGAACAAGACCAUUAGCUGUGUGUGUGUGUGUUUGUCUUUUAUAGUGUUAUGUGAGCAUGACCUCAGCGUUGUGUGGAUAUGGGAGGCCAGGAUAGGAGCAAAACACACUUUUCCUCAUGAAACCAGAUCAAACUGCCUGUUCUGCAAGUGUUUGUGCAUAAAUGUGCAGUCGAAUUCAUUAGCUCCUCCACAACUAAAUUCACAACCAGUUAGACUGCAUUUAGAGAGAGCAUUUCUCAGACAUUACAGCACAAUGUCCACAUGCUUUGCUCUCUAAGUACGAGGCAGGCAGGUGAUGAAUGUCUCAGACGGCUGCCUCCCGCAGCGUGGUGAGGCAUACUGAUAUGCUACUCAGAGACUUCUGGCUGUGCCUAAAGCUGUUCCACAUUUGAUAACAAAAUCAAUAUCUUAUCAAUCUGAUUACAUGUGUUUCGAUAGAAGGACUCGUAAUCAGGUUAGAAUAACAUCUUGUCUUCCACGUGAUGCAGUCUGGGCUGACCAGCAGGAGAACAUGCUUCCUUUGUGGCUUUAUUUGUGAUUAUUUUAGCUUAUCAUAAUUAAAGCCCCUUUUGCACAAUUGCUCUCUUUCUUUUGAUAGGUUUCUAUUGACAGGAAAAAAUGGUAAAAGCAGAAGUUGUAGUAUAAUGUUGUUUUCAGCCUGUUUCUUGGGGCAUUCAUGUCUCUGUGUUGUCGUUCAACACAGAGUUGCUUUAAAGCACUUAAAAAUCUUUUAAAUCUUAAGAAUUUCUAAAUGACGUUUAUUAUUUAUGACGAAAUUAACUGCAGUCAUUGCUCAGACCUUGAAAAUAACUUCCUUAAGUAUUAUUAUUAACAAUACAUCCAAAAUCUACUUUACCCUGUUAAGCUAUUAUGCAAACAGCCCUAGCACAGUGAACUAAAUCUGAUUAAAGUGUUGCUAAAUUCAGAUUGCUACGGAAAUAAGGGCAUCGCCUUUUUUUACAACGCAGACCCACCCAGUGAGAAGACUUAUAAGUUGCUUCAAAUAUUAGAUUAAGUUAAUUCGCUGUAAUAGAUCACACUUAAUUACUUUUAAAAAUGCUGCCCCAGAUUUGGGUAUUUAUUUUUGGGUAACAAGUUUAAUUUUAAUGAGGUAUUACAUUAUUAGCCGGGCCUGUGUGCGCUGACAAUGUAUCUAUCUCUGUGUAAAAACUCCAAAAAACAAACUCUCACAGUCCACAAUGUGAUAUCGCUGCAAAAUAAGAAAAAGACAUGCAUCCUGACGCAAACGUGGUCAUGGUCCGUGAAGACCAAUAAUUUGAGCACCAGGAGGAGCCACUAGAGCAGCGUGGAGUGGGGAUAAUCAGGACAGUAAUUACAGGCCUUAUGACAGAAAUGGUAUUUCUCAGAAAGGCCAAACCUGCCUCCAUGAUUCAUUGUUGUUUCACAUGAAAAGCUGAAUUAGCCGCCUCUCCUCUUUCUCUCCCACUGUCCUGCUCUCCCCCCUUUUUUUUGUCUUCUUCCUGCCUAAAUGUCAGAGAGGAAGCGCUUUGAUAAUAGGUGGCCGGAGAGGAACUUUACUGAACUCAGCUCAGAUCUAAAAUCGAUGUGAAAAAGAGCAAAAGGUUGAAGAGGUAGCUCAGGCGGUGUGUGUUUCUGAAUGUUUGUGAAGCAGAUGACUGGAAGGAGAAAUUGCACCUGCAAAUUCAUUUGUAAAGAGCCAGAAAUUCACCGCUACAACCUCUAUGUAUGCUAGCUGAUUAGCUCAAAAGGCUACAUCAGAUAUUUUAGUUUCCAUUUUAAAAUGAAUUGAUACAUUUUUUUUGGCCACAUGAAGUCAGGAAGAUGGUACGAAUCUAGCUGUAUAAUAAAUAUGAAGCUAUAGCCAGGAGUCGCUUUGUUUAUCUUAGCACUAUGAUUGAUAACAUCAGGAAAAAUUAAGUUUUGAUAUAAAUUGAACAAAUGCAAUACAGAUAUACUGGUGAACUUCAGAGAUAAUGAUAGGCGGCUUUUUAAAAAAAAAUUCAAGAGUCAAACUAAUUUGCUCUUUCCCACUUCUUUCAACUUUAAGCCUCUCAUAAGCUAACCUAACCAUCUCCUGGCCAUAGCUUCAUAUUUACCAUGAUGCACUGACAGAAGACUGGUAUCAAUCUUGUCAUAUAACUAUCAGCAAGAAAAUGAAUAAGUGUGUUUCCCAAAACUAAAUUAUUUCCACGAUUUAUUAUAGUGAAUGAUGCGCCGAUUUUGAAAGGUAGUUGUAUUUACAAAAGCAAAUACACCCUGUGUUUGUGGUUGGGGUAAAGUGCAGUCCUUCAGUAGUUACAAAAAAAUUGAGAGAUUUAUUCAUCUGGCUGUCUCAGAAAUGAUGGUGGUAAAGCUCAUUUGGUCAUGGAAAGGUACGAAAGAGAGAAAAAGAAUCACAGUGCUAGUGGAGUUUAAUAAAGUAAAACUCUUUUCAUUUUCAUACAAUGUCAACCAGUAAAGUUCUCUGUAUGUUAUAUGUUACAGUCAGGAGCUACAACAUGCUUGUAUCUCCUUUUGUUUGUGUGCAACACGCCUGUGCACUCAGUUUAGGAAAGUUGUUUUACACGGGAUCAUUACCAUUUCUGAUUUUCAGACAUAAAUAUUAGACUUCUCUCCUGUCAGCAAAUCAGAUUAUCUCCUCCUUCUCCCUCAGCCAACGAGCAUGCUCCCUCCCUAAAGCUACAGAAUGAGUUUCCUCUGUGUGAUAAUGUAAUGAUAAACCUACAUGUACAUUGCAAUACGACUGUAAUCGUAUUUAUGAAUAUAAACAAUAUAAUAUGUAAAUGUACCACUAGCUUAGACUUAAUUUCAUAUGAUGACACAGAUACUGUGUGUGUGAGACAGAGAGAGACAGAGAGAGUGUGUGUGAGUGUGUUAAAUGGCGAGCCUGAGUAACUGUGAGUGCUUGUGGAAGCUCGGUGUGUGUGGCACUUGUGCAAGUGUUCACGUGUUUUGUAUUUGUAUCAUUUGUGUAACAAGAGAUGCCUCAGACUAGUUUGACUUUGUAAAAAAUUUGAACGUAAAUCCUCACAAUGAAGCACUGAGUAUUAUUACCCACAACUACAUUUGCUUUUGUGGUCCGCUGGUAUACAGUAUGUGCCGUCUCCAACGUGGGACACGUUUUGUUGGCGUACUGUUGCAGUUUUACAAGUAAUACUCAUAUAUGCUGGUUAGUUUUCACCAAGUGGCAGAUCAGUGGUGAGUAGAGGGGUCUUUUGAAAUGACCGUUUGUUGGGCAGGAGAAGCCUGAGGUGUGAGCGAGGGCUGUAUGUGAUUAAAGUGAUAAAAAAAAAGCAGUCCUGUGUCACAGUGUCACCCAGUGGAUGGAAGCGUAAUGCCGCCGCUCACAACUCUACUACUGUACAGUCCCCUUCAUUUAUUAUGUAAUGAACAUGCCUGGAGAUCAAAGCUAGCUACAUUAUGUAAUGCAGACAGCUUUCUCAGAUUAUUUUCGCUCUCACGGUCGUGUUUUCUCUCAAAAGAAGUGCAGAAAUGUGACAGUGGAGUAAGACUGUUACAGGUUGUAAGGUAAAUUUAGUUGGUUCAUGGAGUGGAGGCACAAAUGCAGCCUUGCACACAGAGGCUAAACCUUUCCAGACAUUCAGUUGUCUAUAUGGAAAGGAUUUGAUUGGUUAGAAAGUUUAGAGCAGCAUGUGGAAAAAAAAAGAGUCUGAUGCAGAGUUUUUUGUCAUGUUACUGAGUGACACUUAAAGCUGCAUUAAUAACAUUUCUCUGUCAGAACAAUUUUGGAAUUACAGUGUGACAAACCCAUUAUUAUGCCCGACUGUUUUUUCAGGUUUUAAGCCAGUUUUAACUCAUUGUUUUGGUUUUACUGCCUACACUUCCACUUCCAUCAACCCCAUUUCCACAGCAGUUUAUAAAUGCUUUUCUAAAUGCUACCUGCAUGCAAACUAAAAUUGUUCACGAAUUGGUUACUGCCAGAACAAAGACGAAGCAGGUCCAAAUUACUAAAUUGCUACCUUUACUAUGGUUUUUUGUAUUAUUGUGCUAAUAUUUGGAUUUUUUCAACUGUCCCCAAAACAAAACAAAAGAAAAAUAUGUUCUGCAGCUUUAAAGCUGAUUAGAAAAUCCCUUAUUUUAAUCAGCAUCCAGCGAUGCAAAGCUUCAAAUUCCACUUGGGUUUUCAGAUUUUUCUGGAACCUAGAAACACAAUCAGCCGACCUUUAAAGAUGGCAUGAAUCAUUUUAAAACUUAUUGAAAUUAGACUGUGUUGUUCCUCUAAAAGAUGUUUUUGCACAUAUUUGAAGAAAAACAAAAAGGUGAUAUUGAACCGGCCCUACAGGUAUGAUUGUAAAUUGUUUCCUCACAGUUUUUUUGUUUUUCACCUGCUCCAUUAUUGUCAUAGGCUUGAUAAACCGUCCUAUUUUACAGUUUGAUCAGAACACAUUGGUUCACAAAGUGGCUUUACAACGUGUUAAUCUCCGCACUCCUCUGCUGAUUAGACUCUGUCCAUCCUCAUUAGCACCGUCUCAGAGCGAGACGACCACUUUAACGUUCCCUCCUAAGACUGCAGACACCUUUGGUUUUUCUUGCUCUCUCAUCAGGUGAUUUUCAUGCAGUUACAUAGACAAAAAAAAUCUGCAUUUGCUCUGUGGAUUUCAUGUGCCAAAGGUGGGUUUGUGUUGCAUUUAAAAACUGAAAUAUAUGACUGCUGUGGUUGUGCUAGGUGGAGUUAAACAUGAAGUGAUGCUGUAUUGAUCACGUGAUGCAAUUCUUCAGCUGUCAAGUCUUCAGAACGCUCUGAGCAGACACUCUGAGCUGUCUGACACGAAUAUAAACAUGAUUAUUCUACUUUUCUUUUUUGACAGGAGAUCAUUUGUGCUCGGUUGUGCAAUAUAAUUCUAAUCUUAAACAUUUCUCUAAGAUGUUCAUGUAAAUGUCUAUUUGUCCCGUCGGAUGAUUUUUGCUUUUGUUUUUCUUUUGUUUUCAAUAUUGUUAGACUCCUAGAACAAAGACAAUGUAAUUAUUUUUGUUACAUAGAAUAAAACACAUGGAUGUCGAGAGUGAA